AGAUUUAUCGUUGCCUCCCUCCUCCGCUGUAAUGGAGUCGUGUGUAAUGGAAUGGCCGGAGUGCCCGGUCUGCCUCCAGAACUACGACGACGGGAGCGUUGUCCCACGCGUGCUCGGCUGUGGGCACACGGCCUGCGAGGCUUGCCUCGGGAACCUGCCCCAAAGGUAUCCACAGACGAUUCGCUGCCCGGCGUGUAACCAGCUCGUCAAGUACCCUGCUCAAGGCCCCUCCGCUCUGCCCAAGAACAUCGACCUCCUCCGUAUCUGUCCUCCUCAAAUCCCGAAUCCCAAACCCCAAAUUGAAAACAAGGAACGCUCCCAGAAUUACGGUGAUCGCCACCAGUUUUUACCUCGAUUUUGGUCUGAAGAGUUCUAUUCUCUUUGGAAGGACUGGGUCCUCCCGUACGAUUCCGUUUUGGUUGAACCAAACGAUGAAGACGAAGGCAAAGGUAUUUGUGCUGUGGUACAUGGGAGAACUGCCUCUGCUUCUUCAUUGUCGAUUCGAGGCGGGUUCAGAGAGAACCAAAUGGUGAGUCUUGUACGGAUCGUUUCUUUACCUACUGUGAGUGACUCUUCUGUGUUUGAUUAUAACUAUGUUGCGCGGAUUAUGAAUUGUUUGAGUGGAAUGGAAGAGACGGAAAGAGAUGAAUUAGGUUUGAUCUUGAGAGCAUCUUUGGGACAACAGAGUGGGAUGCAUAAAGUUUAUGGCUUGUGGGGUGAUUUGGAUGGUGGGUUCUUGGAUUUAGUGUGUGAAAGACAGAGAGGGAAUUUGUUGGAGAAGUUGGGUGAAUUCAGUAAUGGGGAGGGUUUAACUAAAGAUGGGAUGUCUGGUUUUUCGCUGGUCGGUGCGGGAAUUUGUGAGGCAGUAAUUAGUUUGCAUUUGGAAGGGUUGCUUUUGGGUAGUUUGGAUCUUUCAUGCUUUAGUUUCGACAAUUUCAGUCGUGUUCAUGUUGAUUUGAGUGGGGUAUUGAUGGCAGGAAUGAAGGUUCAUGAGAGUGUUAUAGAAGCCGUUUCUGGUAGGUCAAGAAUUGAUGAUAAUGCAUUGGGAGUGAUUUUCAGUAGUUUGUUAAAAAGCAAGGUUUUUUUGAGCCCGGAGCUGUUGCUCGAGUUAUUGCAAAAAGAGGGCAAUGCAGUAGAAUGUGGAACCUCAGGUUAUUCGUUAAGUUUUAGCUCAGAUGUUUGGUCAUUAGCUUGUGUGCUAAUGAUGGUUAUACUUGGAAAAUCAUUCACAGAACAGAUUUCAGAAAUAAGCAUAGAAGGUUCUGAUUAUUCUGCUUUUUACCUGAGGUGGGUGGAGAAGGUUAGUUCUUUGUUCGAGAAAAAUUUGGGUUCAGAAUAUGACUCAUCCAGUCAGAUCCUCUGUAAAUGUUUGAAUUUGGAUCCAGAAAGUCGCCCACUUGCAACUGAUGUGAGAAGAUGCCUAAGGGAAUUGUUAAUCAAGCCUCAAUUUGAUGCCUUAGGUGGUCUUGAGGAUGUAAAAGGGGACAGAACUUUGCAUUGCUUGAUUCUUGGGAAACUGUGUCGGUUGCCCACUAAAAGUGCAGAAAUGUACAAAAAAGAUGGUGGGGAAGAUAUUGAUCAAGGUGAUGAGGGGGUUGACCGAAACUUUGUUGAAGUUCUCUCUAAAGGAGCUACCAAAUUUAAAGAUCUUCAGGGCCAUCUUGAUUGUAUUACAGGUUUAGCAGUUGGAGGGGAUUUUCUGUUUAGCUCCUCAUUUGAUAAAACUGUACGUGUAUGGUCUUUGCAGGACUUCUCUCAUGUACACACAUUUAGAGGCCACGAACAUAGAGUCAUGGCUCUAGUUUAUGUGGAUGAAGAACAACUGUGCAUAAGUGGUGAUAGUGGCGGUGGUAUAUUUGUCUGGAGUAGUACUGUCCCUCUAGGGCAGGAUCCUUUAAAGAAAUGGUAUGAGCAAAAAGAUUGGCGCUAUAGUGGUAUUCAUGCCCUGACCAUUUCAGGAAAUGGCCAUAUCUAUUCUGGCAGUGGAGAUAAAUCAAUAAAAGGAUGGUCAUUGCGGGAUGGCACUCUAUCAUGCACAAUGAUUGGACAUAAAUCAGUAGUUUCCACUCUUGCAGUAUGUGAUGGGAUUCUUUACAGUGGAAGUUGGGAUGGAACAAUCCGAUUAUGGAGUCUUAGUGAUCAUAGUCCAUUAGCAGUAUUGGGGGAAGAUAUGCCUGGAAAUGUGACCUCUGUCCUGGCCCUUGCUGCUAAUGGGCACAUGCUAGUUGCAGCUCAUGAAAAUGGAUGUAUCAAGGUCUGGAAGAAUGAUGUACUAAUGAAAUCGACAAAAUUACACAAUGGUGCUAUAUUUACUGCUAGUGUGGAGGGUAAAUGGCUAUUUACAGGAGGUUGGGACGAAAAUGUCAAAGUACAGGAAUUAUCAGGAGAUGAGUUUCAAAUAGAUGUCAUACCAACUGGAUCCAUCCCUUGCAAUUCUGUGAUUACAGCUUUGUUUUGCUGGAAAGGAAAGCUUAUAGUCGGAUAUGCUGAUAGGUCUAUGAAGGAGCAUUUGGGUCGUCUCAGUAAGACAUGGAGUGAUAUCAUGAGUUUAAACCACUGGGUUGUGCGCGACUAUGUCCGUCUAGUGAAGUCCGUGAACGUUCUCGAGCCAGAGAUUAGGAGUCUUUCCGAUGAGCAGCUGACUGCAAAAACUGAGGAGUUCCGAGGCCGAUUGAGGCAAGGGGAGACGCUGGCCCACAUUCAAGCUGAGGCAUUUGCUGUUGUUCGUGAAGCUGCAAGGAGGAAACUUGGAAUGCGUCACUUUGAUGUGCAGAUUAUUGGUGGAGCGGUGCUUCAUGAUGGAUCUAUUGCCGAGAUGAAAACAGGGGAGGGAAAGACAUUGGUAUCCACAUUAGCUGCAUAUCUUAAUGCCCUGAGUGGCGAGGGUGUUCAUGUGGUAACUGUUAAUGAUUAUUUAGCUCAACGUGAUGCUGAGUGGAUGGGUUGUGUUCAUCGUUUCUUAGGUCUUUCUGUGGGUCUUAUUCAGAGGGGAAUGAAAUCUUCAGAGCGAAGAUCCAACUAUGGAUGUGAUAUAACAUACACCAAUAACUCAGAACUUGGCUUCGAUUAUCUGCGAGAUAAUCUUGCGAGAAAUAGUGGACAACUUGUGAUGAGAUGGCCAAAGCCAUUUCAUUUUGCAAUAGUUGAUGAAGUUGAUUCAGUCCUUAUAGAUGACGGAAGAAAUCCUUUGCUAAUCAGUGGGCAGGCUAGUGAAGAUGCCGCACGAUAUCCUGUUGCUGCGAAAGUGGCUGAGCUGCUUGUGCAGGGCUUGUGACAUUACAAAGUGGUGCUUAAAGAUAAUUCUGUGGAGUUGACUGAGGAAGGGAUUGCACUCGCAGAGACAGCUCUUGAUACCAAUGACCUAUGGGAUGAAAAUGAUCCCUGGGCCAGGUUUGUGAUGAAUGCUUUGAAGGCUAAAGAGUUCUAUCGGCGCAAUGUCGAAUAUAUUGUUAGAGAUGGGAAGGCUCUCAUAAUCAAUGAGCUGACAGGCAGAAUUGAAGAAAAAAAGAGAUGGUCUGAGGGGAUUCAUCAGGCUGUAGAGGCUAAAGAAGGUCUGAAGAUUCAGGCUGAUUCAGUUGUUGUGGCACAAAUCACCUAUCAAUCACUCUUUAAGCUUUAUCCAAAGCUUUCAGGGAUGACUGGGACUGCAAAAACGGAAGAGAAAGAGUUCUUGAAAAUGUUCCAGACACCAGUAAUUGAAGUGCCCACUAAUCUUCCAAAUAUUCGUAAAGAUUUGCCAAUCCAAGCUUUUGCUUCUGCCCGUGGAAAAUGGGAACAUGUUCGUCAAGAGGUUGCACAUAUGUUUACACUGGGCCGUCCAGUUUUAGUUGGAACCACAAGUGUCGAGAAUUCUGAACAUUUGUGUGAUCUGCUGAAGGAAUGGAAUAUACCUCACAAUGUCCUGAAUGCACGACCCAAGUAUGCUGCAAAGGAGGCUGAAGUUGUUGCGCAGGCAGGGCGAAAAUAUGCGAUCACCAUUUCCACAAAUAUGGCUGGUAGAGGCACGGAUAUAAUCCUAGGAGGAAAUCCAAAAAUGCUUGCAAAAGAAAUUCUUGAGGACCACUUACUUUCAUCUUUGACACGAGAAGCUCCUAAUGUUGAAGUUGAUGGUGAAGCAAUUUCACAAAAGGUAUUGUCAAAGAUAAAGGUUGGAUCAUCAUCAGCAGCAUUGCUAGCUAAGACAACCUUAAUGGCUAAAUAUGUGCGCAAAAGUGAGGGUAAGAGCUGGACAUAUCAGAAGGCUAAGUCUUUGAUCUCAGAAGCUGUGGAAUUGAGUCAGUCAAUGGAUUUGAAAGAAAUAGAAAAACUUGCUCAUGAAGAGGCUGAGAUGUAUCCUCUUGGCCCUACUAUAGCACUAGCUUACCUGUCAGUCCUGAAGGAUAGUGAAGUACACUGUUCCUGCGAAGGUGCUGAGGUGAAAAAACUAGGAGGGCUUCAUGUGAUUGGCACGUCCUUGCAUGAAUCAAGGAGAAUAGAUAACCAGCUUCGUGGAAGAGCAGGAAGGCAAGGGGAUCCUGGAUCAACACGGUUUAUGGUGAGCUUGCAGGAUGAGAUGUUUCAAAAGUUUGAUUUGGAUACUGAAUGGGCAGUGAGACUUAUAUCCAAGAUUACAAAUGAUGAGGAUGUACCAAUUGAGGGCCAAGCAGUUGUUAAGCAGCUCUUGUCCUUGCAAAUCAACGUGGAGAAGUUCUUCUUUGCCAUAAGGAAGAACCUGGUUGAAUUUGAUGAAGUAUUAGAGGUGCAGCGAAAGCAUGUCUAUGACCUUAGGCAAUUAAUUUUAACUGGCGACAGUGAAAGUUGUUCCCAACACGUUAUCCAGUACAUGCAAGCAGUGGUGGAUGAAAUUGUUUCUGGAAAUGUUGAUCCACAGAUGCAUCCAAGGAGAUGGAGCUUGGGUAAGCUCUUGAAUGAGUUCACCUCAAUAGUGGGGAAACAGUUGGAUGAUUCAUUUGCAGGGGUAACUGAGGAUGCGUUACUAAAAUCUCUUGGACAACUACAUGAAGUUAGAUCGAUUGAUAUUGAUAACUUUUCUCUUCCAAACUUGCCAAGACCUCCAAAUUCCUUCAGGGGAAUACGCAGGAAGAGCACUUCAUUGAGACGUUGGCUCGCUAUAUGCUCUGAUGAUUUGACUAUGAACGGAAGGUAUCGGACUACUAUUAAUCUUCUUCGCAAGUACCUUGGAGAUGUUCUAAUUGCUUCAUAUUUAAAUGCUAUACAAGAAUCAGGUUAUGAUGAUGUAUAUGUGAAGGAAAUUGAGAGAGCAGUUCUUGUUAAGACUCUAGAUUGUUUUUGGAGAGAUCAUCUUAUAAACAUGAACAGGCUUAGCUCAGCGGUAAAUGUAAGGAGUUUUGGGCACCGGAAUCCUCUUGAAGAAUACAAAAUUGAUGGCUGUCGAUUUUUCAUCUCCAUGCUCAGUGCAACUCGAAGGCUAACCGUAGAAUCAAUCUUGCGAUAUUGGUCAUCACCAUCGGAGUCUCAAGAACUAUUCUUCUCAUAAAGUCAGAAUAAUUUCCAUGCUAUUAGAUGCUUUGGAGAUUUUAAUGGGAUGUUCUUGGUGGGAUGGCGUGCCUCAGAUUAUAUUCUUCUGUAAAUGCAUGUAGUUCUCUUGCUGGUACCUGGCAGGGUGGAGCCGAGUGGUCAAAAGGUGGGCUUGGAAUGAACUGUAGACUUGCAUAUCUCGGAUUCGUUGUGGCACUAAGAAUUGCCAUGCAUUACCUGGUCGUGUAUCUGGAGUUUACUUGCCAAGGAUGGGUCCCAAGGGCUCUGCUUUUGUGAGGUUCAAUGUCCUAAAAAAAAGUCUUUCUGGUACUCUUGUAUUCUGAACGUAGUUCAAACCAAGUUUCACCCCACACUCAAGGAAAUUUUGUACAACAGGAUAUUGGGGUGACAAAAUUGAGGUUGUCCUUUAAAAAUAAAUUCGUUUUUAGGAUUUAGAGUGAAGGUGAUUGCAAUGAGAAUUACUCCUUUUUUGGUUGGUAAA